UCAAGAUAUUAAGAAGCCUAAUAUGAUAGUUUGAAUCCUUAUUUGGUGAUUUGUGAUGCCUAGGUAUGUCGACAAAAGUCCGUAUGAAGUAAUUGGUGUGUUGGAAUCAAGGGAAGAUUCUAUCCUUGCAAAGAAAAAGGAAGUUGGAUGGUCUUUGAUGGAUUCUCAAUGGGACUUUCGUCCACGAAACAAACCAGGAAAUUCCUAUGAGCUCUUAGGUGAAACAAAGGUGAUAUUCUUUCCUGGUAAGAAAUUAGAAUACGCAACCAAGCACAGCAGUAAAAGAGACGAGCAGGACAACUUCACCACUGCAGUUGAAUUUUCUCCUGAAAAUCCUUAUGGAAAAGCUGUGGCUCUCUUUGACUUAAAAUUUGGUGUUCUUCAGGUCGAGGAGGAAUGGUUCCUGCUACCAGGAACUAUAUCAGCCUACUGUAUCCUAUAUGAUGCAAUGACACAAGAAGAAUACAGAGAUCGUAGUGUAAAUAGUGCCAAAUAUGGAAGUGGUGGAGGCUCUUGUGGAGGAGCUACAGGUGGCAGUGGUUGUGGUGGAUGUGAAGGUGAAGGUGGAGAUGGCGGAAAAGAAGAUUGUGGUGGGGCUAGUAUUGAAGGUGGAGAUGGCGAGGAAGGAGAUUGUGGUGGGGCUAGUGUUGAAGGUGGAGAUGGCGGGGGAGGAGAUAGUGGUGGGGGCUCUUGUGGAGGAGCUUCAUGUGGCGGUGGUUGUGGUGGAUGUGGAGGAUGAAUCAUGUAUUUCAAAUGCUUGAUUAUUGAUUGAGGAAUAAGUUGAACUACGGAUAGUUGAUUUAACAGACAAUACCUAGUGCGGAGUACAUUAUUGAAGGAAUAUGACAGAUCUGACUGACAUUCAAGUGUAUUAUGGAGCAACUGUAAAACUCAAGAUGACAGUAAUAUGGAGUACAUUUAUUUCAAGCAUAAUCAUGUGCAUCAGUGCAUAACCUAUGAAUAACAGUGAUCUGCGCGCACUUAUGCCUUUGUUUAGU